GUCCAGAAUGUUUUCUUAAUUACGUAAAUCAAAUAAUAUGUAAUGAAAUAUGUAUUUAAGACCUUCAGAGAUAUUUUAUUCACAAGAUUCGAUUAACAAUGUUUUUGACAAAAGGUGUAAUCAUCGAUACAAACCGAUUGGUGAAACAUUGGAUGAAAUAUGUGACGGAAGGUGCCCUUUGGAAAAUAUUCCAAAGAUUUCUGUGGUAGAUAUAAACGGAAAAUUGAUAACAGAGGACAACAGGCGCCUUUGGGUUUUCAAAAAUCUGGAGAGACUUGGGAAAUGUGAGAAAAUCCAUGUGCAAAGAGGAUAUACUAUUCUGGCUAGAAAACGUACAGCAUACAAUGGGGGAGUGUCAGUACGCGUUCGUGGGUCUCCAGGCGGGUAUUGGCAUCUCCAACCUAGCGUGACAAAGCAUUCGAAGACUGACAAAAAUGCUGAUAUUUCAGUGGAUAUAGCAUAUGGAGUUACUAAUGUCUUCAAGAAACCAGACACUAAUUGUCCUAAUGUAUUUUCAAGUAAUUUCGAGUCGCCAGAAUUCUGCAACCACUUUAGUAGAGGUUCUAGCUCACACUUUGUCGGAUCUGGUUAUUACGUCGCAAAUGGUGGAGCGAAUUCUGAUGUAAAUAAUACGAAUGCCCAGCACACAUCUAAAUUUAAGGGUACUAGUUUUUAUAAUAAUACUGAUGCCAUGUUUCAGAUAGCUUCAUCAGCUACUCUGAGGUCACCAGAAGCGUCCGAUAAGUUUGAAACAGCCUCAAGUUGUGGCGAAGAGGGAUUUGAUGACUACGAUGGAAAUACUUAUAUAUGGAUUAAUGAACAUAAAUUGCUAGAUGAACCAACAUCUAAUAAAGAUAGAUCAUCUGAGACUCAGGCAGGAAUAAUGUCUAAUAUAUGUAGAUCACUUCUAAUACAGGUAGAUCAUCUGUGUCGCAGUCAAGUCCAACGUCUAAUACAGGUAUAUCGUAUGUGUCGCAGCCAAGUCCAACGCCUUAUACAAUAUGAUCACCUGUGUCACAUUAAGUGCAAAUACUAAUACAGGUAUAUCAUAUGUGUCGCAGUCAAGUCCAACGUCUUAUACAGAUAGAUCUUCUGUAUCGCAGUCAAGUGUAAAUUAUCAAACAGGUAGUUCAUCUGUGUCGCAUACAAUACGAAUAUCUAAUAUAGUUUGAUCAUCUAUGUUUGCUGUCAAGUCCAACGCCUUAUACAGUUGGAUCAUCUGUGUUGCAGUCAAGUCUAACGCCUAAUACAGAUAUAUCAUAUGUGUCAGAGUCAAGACCAACGCCUAAUACAAUUGGAUAAUCUGUGUCGCAGUCAAUAGAAAAUUCUCAUACAGGUAGUUCAUCUGUGUCGCAGUCAGGUCCGAUGCCUAUUACAAGUGGAUUACAUAUGUCGAAGUCAAAAAUCCAACGUCUAAUAUAGAUAGAUUAUUUGCUACACAGUCAGAACCAACCUGUAAUAAAGUUAUAUCAUCCGUGUCGCAGUCAGUACCAGUGUCUAAUACAUUUGGAUCAUCUGUGUCGCAGUUAAGAGCAUCUUCUAUUACAGGUAGAUCAUCUGUGUCGCAUUCAGGACCAAUUUCUUAUACAGUCAGAUCGUCAGUGUCACAAGCAAGUCCAACAUCUAAAAUAAAUAUAUCAUUUGUGACACGGUCAGAAUCACGUGCAAUAAAGUUGAACCAUUAGUUUGGCAGUCAGUACAAGUGUCUAAUGUUAUUCGAUCAUCUGCGUCGCAGUCAUGUCCAGCGCUUAAUACAGGUAUAUCAUAUGUGUUGAAGUCAAGUUAAAAGAUCAAUACAGGUGGAUCAUAUGUAUCGAAGUCAAGUCUAACAUCUAAUAUGGAUAGAUCAUCUGCGUCACAGUAAAAACCAACGUCUAAUAAAGUUAGAUCAUCCGUGUCGCAGUCAGAACAAACGUCUUAUACAGUUGAUUCAUCUGUGUUGCAGUUAAGAGCAACUUCUAAUACGUCUAGCUUAUCUGUGUUGCAGUACAGUCCAACGUCUAAUACAGGUAUAUCAUAUGUGUCAUCUGAUACACAGUCUGAAUAGUGUACUAUGAAGUUAGAUUAUCCCGUGUCACAGUUAAGAGCAACUUCUAAUACAGUUGGAUCAUCUGUGUCGAAGUUAAUGUCUAGUACUGGUUGAUCAUCUGUGUAACAGUCAGGACCAACAACUAUUACAGGUAACCCAUUAGUGUAACAGGCAAAGUCAUUAUCUUAUACAGGUAGAUCAUCCGUACCGCAGCAAACGAUCGAUACAGUUAGACCAUCUACGCCGCCGUCAAGACCAACGUCUAAUACAGGUUUACCAUCUGUGUCGAAGUCUGAAUACAAGAGUCGUAUACAGAUAGAUCAUCUGUGUUGCGGUCAGGUACAGUUUCAAAUAUAGGUGGAUCAUCUGAAUCGCAAUCAAGAGUAACAUCUAAUACUGACAUAUCGUCUGUUUCGCAGCCGAAACCAACGUCUGCAGUGCCGAACUCGUCAGUAGAACGAAACUGAUGAGUAGUAUUAAAGACAAGUUCCAGGUAUUGACUUUCAACGUAUGCUAUAUCUUGCAUUGACAAUGAAGACAGUAUCUUAAUCGGAUUCGUAUCUAUAAUUAUAUAUACUGUAUGUAAUAGAUGCUGUAUCAUUAUUAUUAUUAUUAUUAUCAUUAUUAUAUCAUCAUACAAAAAUGUACUUAAAGCAAACACAUGCUUAUCAAUGUUUCAAAUUGGAUAAAAUCGUGGAAUAUUAGUGAAAUAUUAGUCAUGCUAUCAGAACGGUAAGGUUAAACACCCAGAACCUUAGCAUGAAGAAGUACAGUUGAAGGAAACUCGAUUAUCUCAAAAUUCCAGCUGUCUCGAGGACAUUUUCAAUUCCUGUUUCAGUUGUAUACCGAAUUCGUGUCGACACUACGUCGAAUAUGUCGAUUACAAAUGAAGUUGAUGUCGAAAACGAAAUUGUUGUAUGUUGUACUUUAUACGUAAAAUCCUACUUAUCUAUUUCCUUCUUGAAUUUUGUUUGUUUGUUUUUGGGUUUAACGCCGUUUUUCAACAGUAUUUCAGUCAUGUAACGGCGGGCAGUUAACCUAACCAGUAUUCCUGGAUUCUGUACCCGUACAAACCUGUUCUCCGCAAGUAACUACCAACUUCCCCACAUGAAUCAGGGGUGGAGGACUAAUGAUUUCAGACACAAUGUCGUUUAUCAAAUAGUCACGGAGAACAUACGCCCCGCCCGAGGAUCGAACUCGCGACCCCGAGAUCCGUAGACCAACGCUCUUACCUACUGAGCUAAGCGGGCGGGCUCCUUCUUGAAUUUAUAUAAACAUUUCAAUCUUCAGACAUCAUUUUCAGUACAUUUUAAUGAUUCAAUGAUAUGAAAACCAUAUUUAUAGCCACUUUCAUUUAUUAUAACGUGCGUUGUUAUCGAUUUAUAUAUUCAUGUGAUAUGUAACAUAAAUAAUGGUCAAUGAAUUUAUCUAUGUUGAAUAAAACACACUAUCGCUACAAUUCACUUUUCCACCAUAUUGGAACUAGAGCUACUAGCCGUUUCACGUGGGUUGAACUGUGGUAGACAAAUGACGUCAUUCUGGUUAGACCACUGAGAAUUUGACCACGCUUUAGUAAAACCAUAGUCACCGUAAUCUUAACAUUUUUCCGUCAACUCCUUCUUUUAUAAGAUUAUACCAUAGACCAUUUCUGUAUAUUUUGUCGUAUGCUUUCUGGUAGUCAAUAAAAGCC